UUCUUCUUCUUCUUCAUCUGAUUACUGUAAGUUGAGAAAUUUUCAGAAAUGAGAAAGCAAGUGUUAACAUUGACGAAAGCUGCGGCUUCCAGAGUACGGCAGCUGUUGGAACAGCGUCAGCGUUCUUUCCUAAAGCUUGGUGUCAAAUCUCGCGGUUGUAACGGCUUGUCUUAUACCCUCAAUUAUGCAGACGAUAAAGGAAAAUUUGACGAGUUGAUUGAGGACAAGGGAGUGAAGAUACUGAUUGAUCCAAAGGCACUUAUGCAUGUUAUAGGUACCGAGAUGGAUUUUGUUGAUGAUAAACUCAGAUCUGAGUUCAUAUUUGUCAAUCCAAAUGCAACUGGACAAUGUGGUUGUGGAGAAUCUUUCAUGACAACAACUAGCUCAGAAGCUGCUAAGUUGCGUGGCAAAUCUAGCUGAUAGCUUAUUAAAUACUCAUAUUAUGUACGUUAGUCGUUUUAUAUUACACUUAGAAGAGUGAGUAUAUACUAUAUAGUCGAUCUGUAGUAACAAAUCAACGAUGUUAACGGUCAGAAACAGAAGGUUUUGUUAUUUUUUCUCCUUUUUGCCCAAAUCUUAUGUACAUUAGUUGUUGUAAAGAAUAAGAUUUUCUUUGCCAUGGAAAGGUGAAAGUAGAACAAUGAAAAUCGAACUCACACUUAUUACGUUGAA